AUGUUCAAGCAUGGAAACAUACAUUACUUCAAGACCGAUGUGACAUCCAAAUCCGAUCUCUCCGCAGCGGUCGAUCACAUCGCUGCCAAAUCCGGCUACGUCAAUCUUGUUGUCGCCAACUCUGGCAUCCAAGGUCCAACCCUCAAAGGUUUGGAGAAGGGCGCAUCAAUCACCGAAUUCCGCGACCACUUAUGGAACUGGGGUAUGGACGAGUUCACGCAAACCUUUGCGGUAAACACUACAUCGACUUUCUUCACGGUCGUUGCGUUUCUUGAGCUACUCGACAAAGGCAACAAAGCCGGCAACAUUGAGCAAAAGAGUCAGGUUAUUUGUAUCAGCAGCGCGGGCGCUUUCAACCGCGUACCGAUGGCGGGCUAUGCGUAUGCUGGUUCCAAGUCGGCGGCAGUACAUAUCAUGAAGGCGUUGGCGACGACGUUAGUGCCUUACGAUAUUCGCUCCAAUGUGCUAGCGCCUGGUUGUAAGUCGAAGCAUCUCCUCCCUCAUGCAUCUUUUGCUCACCAACGUCCGACAGUAUACCCUAGUGAGAUGACCGCGGGCAUGCUCAACCAGGAGACAUGGCCGAGGGACUUCAUACCCGAUCAAAGAGCUGGCAACAUCAAGGAUAUGGCGGGCGCAAUACUAUUCCUCACUAGUAGAGCCGGAGGUUAUGUGAAUGGGAAUGUCUUGCUUACCGACGGGGGGCGCUUGAGCAUUCUGCCUGCGACUUACUGA